AUGUCUCGCGUUGAGUUUACAGACGAGGAAAAGACAUCACUCAAGGUAGCACGGAAAGCUCUGAAGGAAGCACGCGCUGGGCGCAGGGAGGAAGUGGACGGCUCCGACAGAUACUGGGACUUUGCCCAGCUGCAGCUAGAUCAGGAAGAGGCCAUCGCGAAGACAACAUGGCACGCGAGAGAGAGAAGUGCCACAGACCCAUCAGAUCCGGAAUUCCAGGAGGCCAAGUCCGUAUACCUGUACCAGCAGGAUCGCAGAGCACUCCGUCGCAGGUCACUCAGGGAGAAGCAACAGACAUUCCAGAAAAAAAAUACAAUCCUUGAACUAUCUUCAAAACCAAGCUCUGUCGCUACUAUUUGCGCCGCAUACGUUGAGCUGCUGAUGGAUGUCAAGACGAGAACAAGCCGUCAGGAUCAAUCGUCGUUCUCAUCACAGGUCAAAAAAGCAUAUGGAGGCACGACGGGAACGAAGAAGGAUCCACAUAACUGGUGUGUGCUCGAUGGAAAGAUGUAUCAUGCAAGCAUGUUCAGAGCGGCCCACAUAUUUCCGCUGUCGCUGGGCCAAAGGUCAAUGGCGUACGUCUUCGGUCCAGACGCCAAGGGUGAGAUAAACUGCCCUAGAAACGGCCUGCUGCUCCCUACCGAGCUCGAGAGAACGUUUGACGACCACCGGGUUGUCAUCGUCCCAGCGGAGUCGCACCCAGACGGCCCGCGAGAGUGGAAGUUCCUCGUCCUGGACAGGUCAGGCCUCUGGAAUUCAACCGUGCAUGGACCCCACAAAUACUCCGACAUCCACCAGAAAAGGCUCAUCUUCCCAAACAAUUUUCGGCCGCGCGCGAGGUAUCUGUACUUCCACUACCUCUGCUCAAUGAUAUACCUUUUCCGUCAAGACAAGAGGACCGGCGUGGUUCGAAGCGACCUCCCAGACUCGGAGAUGCCAGAGCUUACUGGAGCCUGGGGCAGCCACGGCAGCUACCUGCGUGACUGUCUGAUCUCUGGCUUCAUUGACGAGCUAGGGCAUGAACUUCCAGAGGGUCUGAAAGAGGACAUGCGGUCGAACUCGUUUAGCAGCCAAUCAGAAAACGAACUGGAAGAAGUUGUCAGCUCACUAGACGACCUGGAUCUCGACAGUGACGAAGAUGAGAGCGAUGAAGAGGAGUAUCUGCCAUUUGAGGCUAGCUCUGAUUCUGAGGCGGAGGAUGAGGGUGUGGAAUGA